GGACGAGACCGUGUUUGGCAGCUUUUCUCCUGAGUGUUUCUGGGACUUCAGUCCUUCCCCACAACGAAACGCACGUCUCACCCUAAGCAAAAUGAACGGAGGAAUAGUGUGAUGCCGCUGAAGUCUAAAGACGAAUCCCAAGUUGUCUGAUUGUGAUUCAGUUUCUUGGCUAGAGUGCCAUGUAUUGUUCUAUGGACCAUUUCUGUGUGACUGUUGGCUUGGAGUGAUAAUAGGAGGACGUCAGAAUGCUGUCAUCAACGUCACUGCUUGUCGUCGCUAAUGUCGUCGUCCUUGCCAUUGUCGUUCGUCUGUAUGUCGUUCCUACUGACAACAACACAGUCAUUUCACCAGCACUAAACACAACGUACGACUACAUUAUAGUUGGAGCAGGAUCCGCAGGUUCUGUCUUGGCAUCUCGUCUGUCCGAAAAUGUUCACGUGACCGUCCUACUUAUCGAAGCCGGAGGAGAUGACCGACAACAGCCUAUAGUGGAUAUCCCGUUUCUUGCACCACUGGGAAUGUGGAAUGACCAAUUCGAUUGGCACUAUUUGACUGAGCCGCUUAAAAGCGGGGGUAAUGCCUACCAAGAUAGGAAAUCAUACUGGCCUCGCGGAAGACUUCUUGGUGGUAGCAGUCAACUCAAUGGCAACGUCUAUGUUAGAGGUCAUCGCCAUGACUACGACAGCUGGGCAGCCAGUGGAUGUGAUGGAUGGACGUACAAAGAUGUCCUUCCCUAUUUCAAAAAGUCCGAAAAUAAUCGGUUGGAGGACCUCUCUCCAGAGUACCAUGGGGUCGGUGGGCCUUUAACCAUCAGUAAGGCAGAGGUACAACCGGUAUCAGAGCGAAUAUUCAAGGCUGGACUUGAGUUGGGCUAUAAAGAGACGGAUGUGAAUGGAGCGACACAGGAAGGAUUUAGUUACACACCGACCACAAUGAAGAAUGGAGAACGUAUGAGCACAUCCAAGGCUUUCCUGUGGCCAGUGAUAAACAGACCGAACCUGCACGUUCUGGCUCACAGUCAUGUCACAAAGAUAAUGAUUGAAAACAAGAAGGCAGUCGGCGUGGAGUAUGUUAAAGAUAACCGCCUGUACAAAGUGCUGGCAUCAAGGGAGGUAAUCCUGUCAGCUGGUGCAAUUGGGUCGCCACAGUUGCUGAUGCUGUCUGGGAUAGGACCGAAGAAACACUUGGAGGAUAAAGGGAUCAAAGUUAAAGCGAACCUACCCGUGGGAGACAACCUCCAGGACCACGUGAUGACAUUGUGCAGGUCCUCGAUCAAACAACCCCUCUCCAUCACACCACAGAAGGUCUCGUCAAUCAAGUCGACUCUGCAAUGGAAGGUUUUUGGAACAGGUGUCCUUGCCUCAAAUAUUGGUUUAGAAGUGCUCGCCUUCAUAAAGACUAAGCCUGACGAAGUCAGCCCCGAUCUCCAACUUCACUUCUAUUCCUUUCUGGUAGAUCUGGAAGCAGGAAACUUUUUUAACAUUGACGAAAAGCUGAUAGAUCGCAUGAACUGGACGGGAGACGAAGGCUUUACAGCUCUUCCAAGCUUGCUCCACCCUAAGAGUAGAGGGACAAUCCGCCUCAGAAGCACAAACCCAUUUGAACAUCCUGCCAUCGACCCCAACUAUUUAUCCCAUCCUGAUGACGUCCAAACGCUCAUGAGAGGCAUACGGAUUUCGCAGAAAUUGUUGCAGACAAAAAGUUUGAAGGAUAUUGGUGCUGAACAAGAAAUGAAGCAUAUUCCAUCAUGUGUGGAUGUGGAAUAUGACACAGAUGCAUACUGGGAAUGUCACAUACGGUCCAUGCCACUGACGAUUUACCAUCCUGUUGGAACCUGCAAGAUGGGAAGUGUAGACGAUUCUUCGACAGUUGUGGAUUCCAAGCUGAGGGUGAAAGGUAUUUCUGGACUGCGAGUCGUGGACGCCUCCGUAAUGCCGACCAUAGUGUCUGGGAACACAAACGCACCGACCAUCAUGAUUGCAGAGAAGGCGGCGGACAUGAUACUUGAGACAAAAAACGAAUUGCGUGAUCACUAAAACAAGAGUGGUGGCACUAU